ACCACGUGGUUAUCUAAUCACUUCCACGAUCACUUUGCGACCUCAAGAGACUUACCCUUUCUUCACGUUCAGCUAAUCCAUUAUAAUCAAAGUUGACGGCUGUACACUUUCUUUCUGGCCGUUGGCGCGUGCUAUUAGCGACCCAAAUGUCGGGCUAUUACCCUAACUCGCAGCAGUCCAUGUUUCCUGCACGCCAGAGCAACCUGUCGUAUAUUCCGCACUACGGUUUUGUUGACACCAGUUCUCGCCAAUCAUCCAGCAGGGCGCGACAAAACAUAUAUAGGGACCACGAACACUACUCUACCGACCAAGAAGUCCAUUCGGAAGGUGACUACUGGCAGCGUCCACCACCACCACCUUCGCCUCCUCGGCGUGCUCCCAAGGAACCCAAGGCCUACCGAGAACAUGACGAUCGACCCGUGACACCACCUCCGUCCCAGAAACCUUCCAAAGAGUAUCUUUCCAUCGCCUCUCAACCCCCGAGUACAUUCUCUGACUCUGAUCCACUACCUCGAAAGCUACUCAUCCUAGAUCUGAAUGGAACCCUGCUUCAUCGAUCCUCAGCUACGCCUCCGAAUAGACAUAAGCAAAGGACAACUCCAUGGACGGAUGAUCGGCCGCGGGAUUCGUCUGGACGCGUUCUACCUCGUCUUAGACCCGUGCAUCCGAGACCUUAUAUGCCUUCUUUCCGAAACUACCUCUUCGCGCCUGAAACGAAGAAAUGGCUUGAUGCUAUGAUUUGGAGCUCUGCGCAGCCUCAUAGUGUCAAUGACAUGGUUGACAAGACCUUCGGGGAUACUAAGGAUGAAUUGCUGACAAUAUGGGCGAGGGACACCCUUGGAUUAUCUGAUGAACAUUAUGCUCGCAAGGUUCAGACUUUCAAAGACCUCACGAAGCCCUGGGCUGGACUACCCUCGUUACUAAGUCCAUCUGAAUUGAGACGGUCACCUUCACCUGCCUCCUCGAUAGCCUCAACACAGCAUGGUUCCCCUCCCCCGUCUUCCCCUCUCCGUUCUUCUUCUCCGUCUAUAGAACUAGCAAGACAAGACCAUUCCGCACUUACCACUCUUCUUCUGGACGACUCGCCCCGGAAAGCAGAACUACAGCCAUACAAUCAUAUUUGCAUACCUGAAUACGACGGUGCGCGACGAGCCAAAGAUUUGCAGCUUCUUGAAGCACAACGGGAAAUAUCACGGGAACACGAAGAGGAAGCUGAAACACAACAAGACGUGGAGGAAGCGGCUGAGUCCGCAUCUGCGCAGCUUGAUGCUGUGGCAUUAGAAGACACGACGGCGGGGGUUGAGGAUGACACUCGUAAACGCAAACGCAAACAUAAGAAGAAGAAACGACGUACAGCUUUUCUUGCGACAGGGAGGGAUCCAGGAAGUCUGGAGAGCGGAUACGACCCAACUCUAUUGGCCGUCAUCGGUGUGUUAGACGAGGUGAAGAGACAGGCGAACGUGGCUGCUUGGAUACAUUCGGGUGGCCUCUGGGGUCCUCCGGAGCUGAAUUUACGGGAACAGGUGUAUAGGCCAGCACAGACAGGAGAGGAGGUGGACACCAGUCUGGACAGCUUAGAAUCCUCAAACAGUGAGGUGUCUUCUGGAAGUGAUCUUUCUGUUAAAGAGGAGGGUCCGUAUGAACGGAAGGAGAAGAAGCGGCAGAAGAAACGCUCUCCUUUCAGGCCUGCUCAAGCCGAAGGUGUCGACCAUGAGGGCUCUAGUUCACCUUCAGCACCUCCUAAACACGUUGGAGAGGGUUCGGGUGCAAAUCAAGAACCGACUGACGAGGCAACUGCUGCCGCUGGCUCGAGAAGCCCGCCUGCAAUGUGGUUUGAACAUAUGCCGACGUUGUUGUACUGGGCUGCGCGAGGGAAGGAAGUAUUGGAGAAGAUGGGGAUCCCUAUUGAGCAUGGGAUUGAGAAGUGACACUGCGGUGUUUCCUUGCCCUGGUUACUUGCGCUGCUUAUGUCGGAUAUUCCUGCUACGCUGAUGCUAGCUACAUUGACCCAUGCCAGACACACAUGACUCAUGAACAAAUUCUUCGUAUGUGAUUCCACGCUGUAGGGCAUCUUAUUUCUUAUUUAGGUGAGUCUUCUGCUAUAGUCAGUGUUGUCACCCGACCUUUCACUCAUGCCUUGGUGGCGCAGAAGACUCAUUGAGUUCCCACAUGACACAUUCCUUCCGUGCUAAGGGUUCUCUCCCUAAUUCUAUCCCGAACCUUCCAACUCAAGUUAGGCUAUGAUUUACGUGAACCUAAUAGUGUCCUGUUGCUUUUCGCCAUUGCCAAAGAUACACCGGCUUCGGGAAAUACUAUAUAUGCUGUUAUUCGGAGCGAUAGGUGGGGCUACCAUCACUCUUCUGUCUAUAGAAUCGGCUGGCGUUCGUAAACUU